AUGGGAAUCCUUUUUGAAGGAACCGUAAGCUCUAACCCUAAAACCCAAACUGUUAUUGAUGAUGAUAAUGAGUUGGGUUUGAUGGCCGUGAGACUAGCCAAUGCUGCAGCCUUUCCCAUGGUUCUCAAAGCUGCCCUCGAGCUCGGUGUCUUUGACACUCUCUACGCAGCCUCUGUGUUCCUCUCACCAUCUGAGAUAGCGAGUAGGCUACCAACUACACCACGUAACCCUGAGGCCCCAGCUUUGUUGGACCGGAUGCUUCGUCUACUCGCUAGCUAUUCCAUGGUCAAGUGUGGUACGGUCCAAGACGGAAAGGGCGAGAGAGUCUACAGAGCCGAGCCAAUUUGUAGGUUUUUCUUGAAAGAUAACAUUCAAGACAUUGGAUCACUUGCUUCCCAAGUCAUUGUCAAUUUUGACACCGUCUUCCUUAACACCUGGGCACAAUUGAAAGAUGUGGUACUAGAAGGAGGAGAUGCGUUUGGGCGUGCACAUGGUGGCAUGAAACUCUUCGACUAUAUGGGAACAGAUGAGAGAUUCAGCAAGCUCUUUAACCAGACCGGAUUCACAAUUGCGGUUGUGAAGAAGGCUCUUGAAGUGUACCAAGGCUUUAAAGAUGUGAAUGUGUUGGUUGAUGUAGGAGGAGGAGUUGGCAACACCCUUGGUGUUGUUACAUCUAAAUAUCCUCAUAUUAAGGGUAUCAACUUUGAUCUGACUUGUGCCUUGGCACAAGCACCUUCUUACCCUGGAGUGGAACAUGUGGCUGGAGAUAUGUUUGUUGAUGUUCCAACUGGAGAUGCCAUGAUCUUGAAACUAGUCACUCCUGAUGAUGUGGAGAAUGGUGAUAUCAACGCAAACAUUGCAUUUGACAUGGAUAUGUUAAUGUUCACCCAAUGUUCCGGUGGGAAAGAGAGGUCACGAGCUGAGUUUGAAGCUUUGGCCAUAGCUUCUGGCUUCAACCAGUGCAAAUUCGUUUGUCAGGCUUAUCAUUGCUGGAUUAUUGAGUUUUGUAAAGAAAAUGUAUGA